AUGACAUUAAUAUUUUAUAGUCAUUUAUACUCAAGUGAUUUUAAGAUUGCAAAAUUUUAUUCAAUCAUCAUAAAAAUAUUUAUCAAUGUUUCACUGGUCGCAUUCAUCCGAUAUUACAAAAGACAUAUCAAUGAUUCCUCAUCUGCUUUAUUUGUUUCAGGAUUAUGGUUAUUACAUAUACUAUCAUAUAAAUAUGGUAAAUAUCGUUUACAUAAAAAUUCAGAAAAUUUAAAAUCAUAUCCAGGUGUUUCAAUUAUAAAACCAUUAGUUGGUAAAGAUAAUAAUUUAAAAACAAAUUUAGAAACAUUUUUUUUAUUAAAUUAUCCAACAUAUGAAUUAUUAUUUUGUUUAAAUUCAACUGAGGAUGAUGCUUAUAAUAUUGUAGUUGAUUUAUGUAAAAAAUAUUCAAAUAUUAAUACAAAAAUAUUUCUUGGUGGUGAAAAUGUUGGUUUAAAUCCUAAAAUAAAUAAUAUGAUGCCAGCAUAUAAAUUUGCAAAUUAUUCACUUGUUUUAAUUAGUGAUUCUGGUAUAUAUAUGAAAAAAAAUGCUUUAACAGAUAUGGUUGCAUGUAUGAAAAAAAAUAUAGCAUUAGUUACGCAACAACCUUAUUGUAAAGAUCGUUCCGGUUUUGCUGCAGCUUUUGAAAAAGUAUAUUUUGGAACUGGUCACGCUAGAAUUUACCUUGCUGGAAAUUGUCUACAAUUUACAUGUUCAACUGGAAUGUCAUCAUUAAUGCGCAAAGAUGUCUUAGAUGAAUGUGGUGGUAUUCAAGCAUUUGCUCAAUAUCUUGCAGAAGAUUAUUUUUUUGGAAUAGCUUUAGCAAAAAAAGGUUGGAAAUCAUGCAUAUCACAUAUGCCAGCAUUACAAAAUUCAUCUCCUGAUGGUAUAAAAAGUUUUAAUAAUAGAAUUUGUAGGUGGAUUAAAUUAAGAGUAGCAAUGUUACCACAUACAAUUAUUUUGGAACCAUUACAAGAAUGUUUUGUAUCUGGCCUUCUUGGAGCAGUUGCAUAUAAUAAGUUAUUUGGAAUUAAUCCAAUAUUCUUUUUUUUAUGUCAUAUCACAUACUGGUGCAUUUGGGAUUAUCAUUUAUUAUGUACAGUAGAAAAUGGUAUUCCAAGUUUUUCAAUUUUCAAAUUUAUUAUUCUUUGGUUAUUGAGAGAAUUUUUAGCAUUUCCAUUAUUUUUUAAAGCUUUAAUUGAUCCCAAAAUAGUUUGGAAAGCGGGUUAUUUUAAAUUGGCAUGGGGAGGAAAAAUUAAAAAAUUAUAA